CAGUCGUCUGAUGAAGAGAAAUCUGUUAGCAGGGAAGAUGACAAAGAAAUACCCUGCAGCCCAAUUCCUCUGCCAGCGGAGACAAGACGCAGUCUGUGGUAUGCAAGCCACUAUACAACUGAUGAGAGAAAACUUCUGUCAAUGACCCAAGAUGAAUACAAGCCAUCGGAUGUGCUGCUGGUAACAGUGAAUGGAAACCCUACUGACUAUCACACCAUCCACCCUGCACUGCCAUUAGAAAAUGGUCCGGCCAAGGCAGACGUGUACUCAACACCACAGUACAAAUGGGAGCCUUCGAAUGGCAUGUCAGGUAAAAAGGAAGAGGAGGAGGAGGAGGAAGAAGAGGAAGAGGAAGUUACUCAGGAGGAAAAAGAAAAUGUUAAAUUACAUGCCCUGGUCUCUGUGUUCCAAUUUAUCAUGAAACAAAGUUACAUAUGUGCUCUGAUAGCUAUGAUGGCGUGGAGUAUCACAUAUCACAGCUGGUUGACUUUUGUGUUACUGAUCUGGUCUUGCACAUUGUGGAUGAUUCGGGACCGAAGGAAAUACGCCAUGAUCAGUUCACCUUUCAUGGUUUUCUAUGGAAAUUUGCUUCUAAUACUGCAGUAUAUAUGGAGUAUUGAACUCAAGAAUGAUGAGCUUCCUCAAGUAUCUGGUUUUUUGAAAAGAAAAGAACCUGGGGAGCUAGCGUCAAAGAUUCUUUUCACAAUUACUUUCUGGCUACUGCUUAGGCAACACCUCACUGAACAGAAAGCACUUCGGCUAAAAGAAGCUACUUUAUCUGAGGUCAAAGUUGGAAGUGAAGAAAAUGAAGAAAAAGAAGAGGAGUUACAAGAGGGAGAAGUGUCAGAAGAACAGGAGGAAGAGAAGGAAGAGGAGGAGGAGAAGGAAGAGGAUGAGGAGGAUGAACAGGAUAUCAUGAAAGUCCUGGGGAAGCUGGUGAUGGCUAUGCUAAUCAAAUACUGGAUUUACGUCUGUGGGGGCAUGUUCUUCUUUGUCAGCUUUGAGGGUACAAUUGUCAUGUACAAAAUCAUCUAUAUGGUACUGUUCCUCUUCUGUGUGGCCCUCUAUCAGGUACACUAUGAAUGGUGGAGAAAGAUUUUAAAGUACUUUUGGAUGUCAGUGGUUGUUUACACGAUGUUGGUACUUAUCUUCAUCUACACAUACCAGUUUGAGUCAUUCCCUGGUUUGUGGAAGAACAUGACAGGCCUGGACGAAAAGAAACUAGAGGACCUUGGCUUAAAACAGUUUUCUGUGGCUGAUCUAUUCACACGCAUCUUUAUUCCCACCUCAUUCCUACUGGUGUGUAUCCUACACCUUCACUAUUUCCAUGAUCAGUUUCUCCAGCUCACUGAUUUAAAAGCUGUAACCAGCAAGCAGGAUAACACUAUUUACAGCCAUGCCAAAGUCAAUGGCCGUGUAUAUCUAAUAAUUAAUAGACUGGUGCACCAAGAUGGAAGCCUGCCUGACAUAACUAUGAUGAAUUUAACAGCCAGCAGAGAAAAGGAGGAGGAUAAAAUGCUGGAAGAGGCUGGUGAGAAAAGAAUGGAAGCACCAGAGGGGGAGGGAGGGAAAGGGAGGGUCAAAAAAGGAAAAGAAGAAGAAAAGGAAGAUGAGGACAAGGAAGAUGAUGAUGAUGAUGAUGAUGAAGAAGACAAUGAAUCAGAGGAAGAAGAAACUACAGACUUAAGGAACAAGUGGCAUCUGGUGAUCGACCGCCUUACCGUGCUGUUUUUGAAAUUCCUGGAGUAUUUUCAUAAGAUGCAAGUCUUCGUGUGGUGGCUGUUGGAGCUUCACAUCAUCAAAAUUGUUUCCUCUUACAUCAUCUGGGUCACAGUGAAAGAGGUGUCUCUGUUUAACUUGGUGUUUUUAAUUGCCUGGGCUCUUGCUUUGCCAUAUGCUCAGUUUCGCCCACUGGCAUCGAGUAUCUGCACUGUCUGGACAUGUGUGAUUAUUGUCUGCAAAAUGUUGUACCAGCUCUCAUCUAUCGAUCCCAGUACUUUUUCCAGUAAAUGUGUAUUGCCAGGAGAGAAUGAAACUAAGGUCAAUUAUGAAGAACUCAGAACCUCGGUGCUCUACCGUGGGGAAGUUGAUCCUGCAGAGUGGGUCGGAUUGAGAAAGUCUAAUCCUCUGCUUGUGUACUUAAGGAAUAAUUUACUGAUGCUGGCUAUUCUGGCUUUUGAAGUUACCAUCUACCGUCAUCAAGAAUACUACAGAUGUCGAAAUAACCUUACUGCACCUGUGACUAAAACCAUUUUCCAUGAUAUUACAAGAGCACAUCUGGAUGACGGACUGGUAAACUGUGUCAAGUACUUUAUAAACUACUUCUUCUACAAGUUUGGCUUGGAGACCUGUUUUCUUCUAUCGGUGAAUGUAAUUGGUCAACGGAUGGAUUUUUAUGCCAUGAUUCAUGCCUUCUGGCUGAUUGCUGUAUUGUAUCGACGUAGAAGAAAAGCCAUUGCAGAGAUCUGGCCCAAAUACUGCUGUUUUCUGGCAUGCAUCAUUACAUUCCAGUACUUCCUUUGCAUUGGCAUCCCACCUGCUCCUUGUAAAGACUAUCCAUGGAGAAGUGGUAAUGCCAACUUUAACUCCAACAUCAUAAAGUGGUUAUACUUUCCAGACUUCAUUGUGAGACCAAACCCUGUCUUCCUUGUGUAUGAUUUCAUGUUGCUGCUGUGUGCAUCCUUGCAAAGGCAGACAUUCGAGGAUGAAAAUAAAGCUGCAGUACGAAUCAUGGCUGGAGAUAAUGUGGAAAUUUGCAUGAAUCUUGAUGCAGCAUCUUUUAGUCAGCAUAAUCCUGUUCCUGACUUCAUUCAUUGCCGGUCCUACUUAGACAUGUAUAAGGUGAUAAUAUUUAGUUACCUCUUCUGGUUUGUGCUUACCAUAAUCUUCAUAACGGGAACCACAAGGAUCAGCAUAUUCUGUAUGGGCUACUUGGUGGCCUGCUUUUAUUUCCUUCUGUUUGGUGGAGAUCUUUUGCUGAAGCCUAUCAGGAGCAUUCUGCGUUACUGGGACUGGUUGAUUGCCUACAAUGUCUUUGUGAUCACAAUGAAGAACAUCCUGUCGAUAGGAGCAUGUGGCUACAUUGAAUCUUUAAUUAAGAAUAGUUGCUGGGUGAUUCAGGCAUUUAGCCUGGCUUGUACGGUUAAAGGCUACCAUAUUCCAACUAGCAAUGUAGAUUGUAAACUGCCCAGUGGAGAAGCAGGAAUCAUUUGGGACAGUAUAUGUUUUGCCUUCCUGCUGCUGCAAAGAAGAGUCUUCAUGAGUUACUACUUCCUGCAUGUGGUUGCAGAUAUAAAAGCUUCUCAGAUCCUAGCAUCAAGGGGUGCUGAGCUUUUUCAGGCUACAAUUGUCAAGGCUGUAAAGGCAAGAAUUGAAGAGGAAAAAAAAUCCAUGGAUCAGCUGAAGAGACAAAUGGAUCGCAUCAAAGCCAGGCAGCAAAAAUACAAGAAGGGUAAAGAGAGGAUGCUGAGCAUGAACCAGGAGUCCUCAGAGGGGCCAGAGAUUCGGAAGGUUUCUGAAGAAGAUGAUGAAGGAGAAGCAGACAAAGAGAAAGCCAAGGGCAAAAAAAAGCUGUGGUGGCGGCCUUGGGUUGAUCAUGCUUCCAUGGUCAGAAGUGGAAAUUAUUAUUUGUUUGAGACGGAUAGUGAAGAAGAAGAGGAGGAAGAGAAAAAAGAAGAGGAAGAGCCUCGAAAAAAAUCUGCAUUUCAGUUUGUUUAUCAAGCCUGGAUUACUGACCCUAAAACAGCUCUACGACAGAGGCGCAAGGAGAAGAAAAGCUUUGGGAAAGAGAAACGAAGGCGAAAAGGAUCUGGGGAUGGUGGCACUGAUGCAGACUGUGAAGACAGUGAAGAGGAACCUGUCAAGAAAAAAUCUGAUGGACCAGAUAACAUCAUCAAGAGGAUAUUUAAUAUCUUGAAGUUUACUUGGGUCCUUUUCCUGGCAACACUAGACAGUUUUACAGCUUGGCUUAAUUCCAUCUCAAGAGAACACAUUGAUAUCUCCACCGUGCUAAGAAUCGAGCGCUGUAUGCUGACCAGGGAGAUUAAGAAGGGAAAUGUUCCAACACGGGAGAGCAUCCACUUGUAUUACCAGAACCACAUGAUGAAACUUUCUGAGGAGUCAGGACUGGACUCAAUUGACAAAAAUCCCAGUCAAGCUUCUGGUUUGCAAGCAUCUGAAAGAAUGGAUAGUUUAGAUUCAGCAGCUUCUCGUGACAGUAUCUCCAGCUGCUACACUGAAGCAACCAUGCUGUUCUCAAGGCAGUCAACCCUUGAUGAUUUAGAUGGACCAGACACUGUUCCUAAAACAAGUGAGCGCGCUCGACCUAGGCUUCGUAAAAUGCAGAGCAUGGAUAUGUCCUCCUCAUCAGCUGACAGUGGCAGUAUAGUGUCAAGUGAACCUACACAGGUCACCAUGCUCUAUUCUCGUCAGGGAACAACAGAAACCAUUGAGGAGGUAGAAGGGGAGCAUGAAGAGGAAGGAGCUCAUUCUGCAUCAAGGUUGGAAGAAGAGGAGGUGGAAGAUUAUAGCCUGGAUUCAGAAGGAGCUGCAUAUACUCCUGAUACUGAUGUGCCAUUGUACUCCACAGUGGAUAGCAAUGCAGAAGCUCCACCUUCCUAUAGCAAAGCUGUCAGCUUUGAACAUCUUCCCUUUGGCUCCCCAGAUGACUCAGCUGGUAAGAGCCUCAUGAUGGUGAGCCCAGAUGACAGUCGGACGGACAAACUUGAUACGAUUCUACCCCCAUUGACGCAUGAGCUAACGGCUAGUGAGCUGCUUCUGAACAAGAUGUUUCAUGAUGAUGAGUUGGAGGAGUCAGAGAAGUUCUAUGUUGGUCAGCCUCGAGUCUUGCUCCUUAUUUAUGCCCUGUACAAUACACUGGUGGCCCGGUCAGAAAUGGUGUGCUAUUUUGUGAUCAUCCUUAACCACAUGAUCUCUGCCUCUAUGAUAACCCUGGUGCUUCCCAUCCUUAUAUUCCUGUGGGCCAUGCUGUCGGUUCCUCGGCCAAGCAAACGUUUCUGGAUGACAGCCAUUGUCUACACUGAGGUGGCCAUUGUCAUCAAGUACUUCUUCCAGUUUGGCUUCUUUCCUUGGAAUAAACAUGUGGAUUACACAAAAGAUAAACCUUACCAUCCACCCAAUAUUAUUGGCAUUGAGAAGAAAGAGGGUUACGUGCACUAUGAUCUUGUUCAGCUUCUUGCUUUAUUCUUCCACAGAUCCAUUUUAAAGUGCCAUGGAUUGUGGGAUGAAGAUGAGAAAGGAGAUGGCUCCAGUAAUAAAGACGAUACUGAUGAUGAGCUCUCUCUGACCGGAGACAGGAGAGACUCUUCUGCCUCUUUGAAAUCUGUCAAUCUUGCUGCAUCAGUGGAGUCCAUCCAUGUCCACUUCCCUGAGCAGCAGGCUGCCAUCAGGAGGAAGAGUUCUAGCAGCAUAUCACAGCUUUCACACAGGUCCAGCUUCUCCUCACAUAGAUCUAAGAGAGGAAGUACCAGUACACGAAACAGCAGUCAGAAAGGAAGCAGUGUGUUAAGCAUCAAGCAAAAAUCUAGAAAAGAGCUUCUUAUGGAAAAGUUUCGAGAACAAAUGAUCAAAGCCAAGGCCUUUACAAUUAAAAAGACUCUCCAGGUGUAUGUGCCCAUCAGACAAUUUUUCUACAAUCUUAUUCAUCCAGACUACAGUGCAGUGACUGAUGUGUAUGUGCUGAUGUUCCUCGCAGACACAGUGGACUUCAUCAUAAUUGUGUUUGGAUUUUGGGCUUUUGGGAAACACUCUGCUGCAGCAGAUAUCACCUCUUCAUUAUCAGAAGACCAGGUCCCAGAGGCAUUUUUGGUGAUGGUGCUCAUUCAGUUUGGUACCAUGGUGGUAGAUCGAGCAUUGUACCUCAAAAAGACUGUCAUGGGAAAAGUCAUCUUCCAGGUCAUCCUUGUUUUUGGAAUACAUUUCUGGAUGUUCUUUAUCUUGCCUGGAGUGACAGAAAGGAAAUUUAGCCAGAACACAGUUGCCCAGCUCUGGUAUUUUGUGAAAUGUGUUUAUUUUGGCUUAUCAGCAUAUCAGAUACGCUGCGGAUAUCCAACUCGUGUUCUUGGCAACUUUCUCACAAAAAGUUAUAAUUAUGUCAACCUGUUCUUGUUUCAAGGGUUCCGCCUAGUUCCAUUUUUGACUGAGCUCAGAGCAGUAAUGGACUGGGUUUGGACUGAUACCACUCUCAGUCUUUCCAGCUGGAUCUGUGUUGAAGAUAUCUAUGCUCAUAUAUUCAUCCUGAAGUGUUGGCGAGAGUCAGAAAAAAGAUAUCCCCAACCAAGAGGCCAGAAGAAAAAGAAAGUUGUGAAGUAUGGAAUGGGUGGCAUGAUUAUCGUCUUGCUGAUUUGUAUUGUCUGGUUCCCACUGCUCUUCAUGUCUUUAAUCAAAUCUGUUGCAGGCAUCACCAACAAGCCUCUAGAUGUAUCAAUCACAAUAACUCUAGGAGGUUAUCAGCCUAUUUUUACAAUGAGUGCUCAACAGAGUCAGCUCAAGGAUUUGAAUCAGACUGAUUUCAGUGCGUUUAUGGGAGACUAUAGGGGUAACACUGCUGCUUUGCAGUUUCUAGAGGGCUAUGGAAAAGAAGAUAUAACUCUAGCAGAUCUAGAGGGAAAUUCAAACUCUUUGUGGACCAUCAGCCCUCCCAGUAGAGAGAAAAUGAUACAGGGACUGCUGGAUUUUAAAGCUGACUUCACUGUAGUUCUUUCAUGGACCAUUCAGAGAAAUCUCACCCUUGGUGCCAAAGCUGAAAUUGCAUCAGAUAAACUUACCUUUAACCUACCAAAGAAGACCAGAGAAGAUAUUGCUACCAUGAUGUCUGGACAGAAACUGGGAAAGGUAACAUUAGAAGAAGUGUACCCAUACUACAUCAAGGCUCCUAGUGAUUCUCUGGCAAAACCCAUAAAGCAGCUAUUGACAGAUUGCAGAUGGGAAAACAUUACUGUUUCCCUGGUCAAAAAUGUGUCUAAGGAGGGAGUUCGUGAGUGGUGGGUUUUGAAUCAGCUUGGAAAAAGACACAAAACAUCUGAACAGAGUCUUGAACUCUUCAUAUUCAGUGAUAAAGUCAGUCCACCGAGCCUUGGAUUCUUGGCUGGUUAUGGCAUCAUGGGACUAUAUGCCUCAGUCGUCCUGGUGAUAGGCAAGUUCGUCCGUGAAUUUUUCAGUGGGAUCUCUCACUCCAUCAUGUUUGAGGAGCUACCCAACGUAGACCGAAUCUUGAAGUUGUGUACUGACAUUUUCUUAGUGCGAGAGACUGGAGAACUGGAAUUAGAAGAAGACCUGUACGCCAAACUAAUAUUCCUGUAUCGCUCACCAGAGACUAUGAUCAAGUGGACUAGGGAAAAAACUAAUUGAUCUCUUUGGUGUCACACUGCGAAUCAAGUUGAUUUAAUCUGAAUUUUAAAAGAAAAAGAAAAAAGCACAAUAUUCUCUUAAGAGCUAAGCCUUUUAUAGUUGGGUAGCAAUGAUUUUUCACUGAAGGAAUCCUGGAAGCUACGGCCUUAGGAAUCCAUGCUGCCUUUCAAAAUAAGGAUCAACAGUGAAGAAGGUUGAAUGAUUUGUUGUUUUUAAUGUGCCACUCCUCUACAAUCUGGGGACUGCUUUGUAAUUUAAUCAAUGAAAAGUUUGCAUCUUUGUCUGGCUAAUUUAAUUUUCCAGACAACCAUUACAACUUAAAGAGAAACAAAAGGAGUGAACCCACAGAUGACUCCAGUGUACCUUCUAAACCCUUUCUGGAGCCAUACAGAUUGGAUUGUGCAAUAUCCUGUUGUACAUCACUGACUUUCAAGCUACAGUAAUGGGACGCUGACUAGCCUUCAGGACACCCAAGACCCAGGGCCGCAGUGGGAACUGAAGACAUUCUAGCCAUACCCAUUUGUAGAAAAGCAGAGGUUUUGAUGUACAAAGGACACUGUGGACAAGCCUCUGUUAGCAAAAUGAAAACAAAUAACAGUCUCUUUAAAUGCCUUAUUUUAUUUGUACCGUCACGGGAGACGUUUCCACCAAACAUCAAUGACUUUUCUCAGGAAAAAAAAAAGCAACUGAAACUUGACACUUCGUCAAGGUUAACUAAUGGCUAGAAUAAUUAUGGUGAAUUAUUGGGGUGUUCUGCUGGGCCAUUCUCUUCAAAGUUACUGCUUUCCAUUAGAUGAGAAAAGAAAGUGAAUUCAAUGACCUAAUGAGCUGCUUCAUUUCUUAUAACCCUUUAAAGACUGAAUAGAGUGUGCUUCUCUCUGCUCCCCAUGACAUGCUUUUUCCCAUUUCGAUGAUUUAAGGCAACUGUUGUUUU